AUGUCGGACGGAGACUCUGAAAUAGACUUCUUUGACCUCACCGAUGAGGAUAAUCGUCCAGAGUCGGACGAUGAGACAUCUCUCCCGCUGGAGCUGACCCUGAUGUUUGACGAGCACGGUCAGGGAGUCUACCACACCAUCGAAGCACCUCAAGCAGGCGAUCCCAUUGAAAUGGACACGGACGGUACGCUUGAAGAGAACGACGACGAUGACGAUGACAAUUGGGAAGAUAUCAACGACAAUGAUGAAGUUGACCAGCCCGUGGAAGGCUCACCUGUCCAAUCAGAAGGCGAGGCAGCAGAGAAUCCUAACGAAUAUGACCCUGACGAUGAUGGCUUCAACGAUGAUGAUGAAAGCGAACAAGACAGAGCGCGAUUCGACGAUAUGAAUCCCGAUGCCGCCCUUGUGGAGGCUCUGGAAGCAGACUCUACCUCCAUCCCAAACUGGGAUGGCAGUUGCUUUCAAACAUGCCGCCCCCCCUGGAAUAGGUUAGCUAACAAGUACAAGGAGUGGCGACAACGUUUCCUUACAAAGAGAGCAGAUCUGCAAAACUGCAGACGUGUAAACAAAAUCAAGGUUACCCGUCUCAACAGACAAAUCCGGGCUAUGAAGGCAGCGAUCGAAGAGUUCUAUACAGUACACCACGCGAAUAUCAGGAAGGUCCGAAGACUCGUUCGAGAGAACCGUGCCCUUCGAGAAUUCUUGUCGGACGAAGACUUGGCCAGGUUCCCGGAACCUGAACCACUGGGUCUCAGAGACAUAGUGGCAUCCUUACCUACACGCGUCUUGAACGAUCUGCCUGACGACAUCCGGGAGUACCUAGUCCUGGGGCCACGACAUGUGCUGCCAGCUCCGAGUCUCCGAAAGACUGAGAAGGAAUGGCCAGACGUGGCCCAGGAAUUUCUCGAAACUGGCCCCAAUGCCGUUUACAAAGAUUGGGGGGAUGUCUACAAGCUCUCAUGUCGGGAAGAAAACAUGUCGUGGGCUUUCGGAGAAUCUAGGCCACCCAAAACUCAUCCAUACCUCAAACUUGUUCCUCCUACGUCCAGUCAGGAACAGAGUGCAAUUGCUGGCCUUUCCGAUUGCUGUACUCCACCACCGCCCCCUCGUGAUUACGAUUCCUCGAGUUCUGAUCAAGAACAAGGCUUUCAGCCAUUCAGAUUCCAAGAUCUUCCCCCAAAGAUCCAGCUCAAGAUCUUGCGUUGGGUCCUCGUCUUCGAAGGCGAAGCCGUCCAUCCUAUCUCUCGACUUGAUCCUUAUUACGAGCCAGGCUCUAUGCAUCGGAACUGUAAUCGACAGACUUCACUUCUCCAUCGGUUUCAUGUUGGAAGGCAGCCUGUUUCGCUAACUUUCGGGGGUAUCCAUCCCCAGAGACUUCUCGCUCCUCUCCUAGUUUGCAAAAAAUGGAACACUAUGGGUUCCCAUGGUCGCUUUGCGAGGAACAUUGGGUGCAAGCUUCAGAUUGUGCAGCACAUUGAGCUUCUCUGGAUGGGUUCACAGAGACUCACGUAUGAACUUGAUGAGAAGGGCAAGUAUACGUCUCGCCGGACUCACGACUUGGCCUAUCUGCCUGCGGCCAGCCGCCUCAAGACAAUCGCGGUCCAUAUCCCCGAGUCUUCCAAGUCGUACAUGCGACGCAAGCAUGAACCCCCGAAGAUCAUCAAGUACUUGGAAGAGAUCACGCGACACCAGCCAAACUAUCGACCCUUCCGCGAGCUACGUAGUCUUCAGGGGUUAGACUAUGUGUAUUGUCUUCGUGGUCUGAGAGAAGUCACAUUCUGGGAUUAUGACAAGUGGCUGAACGAGGAGGUAAAGAUGCCAGUCCGCGACUGGACUUUCGUUCGGGACAUCAACGAUUGUGUGCGUCGAGAGAAAUCGCACAACAAGGAGCACUUCUCCCAGAUUCGCUACUUGGCACCGGUAAUGGAGGGGUGUCGUCCCAGUGUCGCGCUCGCGGCGAGACUUGAAGCAUUCGUCAAUCCACCGCCUCGGCCUGCAGGACUCCUUACGCUUUCACCUGACGGUGAGCUUCUGUAUCCACAACCUCAGGCUUCUGUGAACCAUCCCAUCGUUCUCUACGAUUCUGAUGAUGAGGAUCAUCUUGAUACUGAGGACAAUGGUGAUACUGAUGACACUGGUGAAGCUGAAGCUUCCAGCGAUGAAGGCUCAGGCGAUGAGGGCUCGGGUGAUGAAAGCGAUGCUGACGACAGCCCGGAUGACGAUGAUGGUGAUGAUGCAGAUGGUAUUGUUGCUAAUGGCAAUCUCGAGACUAUUGAUAUCAGUGAUGAUGAGGCUGAUGAUGAGGAUGAGGAUCAUGGCGAAGCCGGAGAUGUCGCACUAGAAACAACCAACGCGACAGAAGCCGACAGGGUAGCCAUGCCGCCUCCAGCAGCCCCUGUUCGUGCGAAUUCGCGUGGGCAGGAAACAUCGCCGCCGUUAUUCAUGCAGAGUGCUACCCCAGAGUCUCCGCGUCCAAUGUUUGUCCAGAAGCUGGAAACACCGUCGUCGCCAGGUGCCUCAUCUCACACCGAAGGCACUCCAGCAAGAGCAAAGCGUGAGGAGAGUUCCUUGUUCGUAGGCUCUCCUCUUCACGGGUGUCAAGAUUCACCUAUCGACAUGACUCAGGAUGCCGACAUGCCAUCUCCUGAAGGGCAAAACAAAAGAUCGUUUGCCUCCUACAGCACGGUUGAUGAAAACGACGAGUGUCUUUACAUGGGUAGCUCGCCCAAGAGAGCAAAGACCGAAGAAGAUGACGGUGUUGAUGGCGGCAGUGGUAGUGGAAAUGCUGCUAAUGCGAGCUCUGGGCCGUUCAUCAUAAAUGAUGAUGAUUGA